AAGAGCGGUGUGAUCUGGCGGGGGGGAUAUCGCUGGGUGGAAAGGUGCCUCUGGACGACUCUGUAGGGACUUUUUAUUCCCCUUUUUAAGGGGGAGGGGGAUUUGGUGUGUCGUCUCACCUCAGUAUGGCUGACCAGGCUCUUAGUUUUCUUAAGGACUUUUUGGCGGGGGGUAUAGCUGCUGCCAUUUCCAAGACGGCGGUAGCGCCUAUUGAAAGAGUCAAGUUGCUGCUACAGGUCCAGCAUGCUAGCCAACAAAUCACAGCUGAAAAACAGUACAAGGGAAUCAUAGACUGUGUGAUAAGGAUUCCCAAGGAACAAGGCAUCAUUUCCUUCUGGAGAGGCAAUCUGGCCAAUGUCAUCCGGUACUUCCCCACCCAGGCCCUCAACUUUGCAUUCAAGGACAAGUACAAGCAGAUUUUCCUUGGGGGAGUGGACAAACGCAAGCAAUUCUGGCGUUACUUUGCAGGCAAUCUGGCCUCUGGAGGUGCAGCAGGAGCAACGUCUCUCUGCUUCGUGUAUCCUCUAGAUUUUGCCAGGACCAGGCUAGCUGCUGAUGUGGGCAAAGGGCUGAAUGAAAGGCAAUUCACCGGGCUAGGCAAUUGCAUUGCUAAAAUCUAUAAAUCUGAUGGCCUCAGGGGUCUCUACUUGGGAUUCAAUGUGUCAGUCCAGGGUAUCAUCAUCUACCGAGCUGCUUACUUUGGCGUCUAUGAUACAGCUAAGGGGAUGCUGCCUGAUCCGAAGAAUGUACACAUCAUAAUCAGCUGGAUGAUAGCCCAGACUGUAACUGCAGUAGCCGGUCUGGUAUCUUACCCUUUCGACACUGUCCGGCGUAGAAUGAUGAUGCAGUCUGGUAGGAAAGGAGCUGACAUCAUGUACAAGGGUACAAUUGACUGCUGGAAGAAGAUUGCUAAAGAUGAAGGAGGCAAGGCUUUCUUUAAAGGUGCCUGGUCGAAUGUGCUGAGAGGAAUGGGAGGUGCUUUUGUUCUAGUCUUGUAUGACGAGAUCAAGAAAUUCGUCUAAGCAACUCAAACGGCUUGACUCUAAUGUUCGGUUUUAUUACCUAUUUACAAGUGAGUUAAAAGGCAACUAAAUAUUUCCUACGGAAACAGAGGUGGCUACUGUGGGUCAAAUCCAGUUGAGAGAUCAAAUUGUGGUACUAUGAGAUGGCUUAGUGGUGGUUUAUUACGUAAGUCAAACUUUUUUGUAUGGAAAGUUGAAGAGGUCUUUGUAUAUAUAAAUUGAUUUGACAAAUAUCAAUAAUAUAUUCCUACGAAUAAGAAUAUUUCUUGAAGAGGGUGUGUUGGUAAAGUAUUUAAACAACUAGAAAAGUGAGUUUAAUAAAUAUUAGAAGUUAAAACUUUUUUCCCUGUGUGAUAAAUCCACUGCAGAAGUUCUUUCAAGGACUACAGCUUCUAGAUAGUGAAGAGUGUGUGCAAAGAUGAGUGUGUGUGUGCAUGUAUGUAUGUACUGAUUUUAUAUUAGGGGUUCUGAUAGAAGAGAGGGGACAGAGAACAGGUUUCUCUUUCUCGCACCUAAGCUAGCAGCAAAAUGUAAACUAUGAGAGUGAUUCUAACUCGUAUAAGGCAAAACAGCUAAAAUGUCUUGCAUCAAUUCCCAUCAGACUGGGAAUUCUGUUCUUAAUUUCUCUUCAUUUUAUGUUUAGUCAUUCUGUUCACACUUUGGGAAAGGUUUGACACGACUUAUGUCAAAUGUAUCUCCGUUUUGUCUUGCUAAGAUUGUAAUGCACAUGCAUAUUCCCAGAGAUGUGAUAGCCUGGAUGAGAAAAGCAUUUUUUUUCCUGAGCCUUAACAUCUCUAAAAUAUUCAGUAAUGAUUACAAUAAUGACUAUACUUUUUAAUUUUGGAGUCAUAGCCUCUCCUGGUGUGUUGCUAAAAGGAAGGUUGCAGUUGAAUGCAUGUAGCACGUUCAACUUACCUGCAGCACUUAUAUUGGGGUUAGUAUUUUAUGAUCAUCAACACUUGGCAACAACAUCCAUUUUAUUUUAUUUGUAAUUAUUGGAAGAGGCAAAAGCAGCUUGAGCUCCUGGAACAUUCAGUGAUAGUAGUCUGAAAUCUCUGUCUUGACAGAUUUUAGAUAAUCUAAUUAUAGCAUAGGGUUCUGGUUUUCAUCGCAAGUGCACAUUUGUCUUAAGAGCUGCUUCUUUUAAUGAUUCCUUCACUAUUCUGAUUCUCAGAAUGAAAUGCCAAUGCUUAUGGAGUAAGAAUUCUGACAUUUAAGGGAAAUUUCAGAAUGUCAACCUUUGCGGAAGUACAGAUAAUGAGGUUCAGCUGAGCCCAUCCCUAUCCUGGGAUCAUCACAAUCACACACAUACCCAUCAAGCAAAACCAUGAUUGCAGUUGCUCUAAAAGUUAUAGAAAAGCUCAUGAGAUAGGAUUCCAGAAGUCAGUGUACAAUCUCCUGUCCGAACUUUACAUAAGAUGGGUGGGACAGAGAAGAGUGGAUACUGCCUUCAAAGCUUCUCAAGUGAGACAGUUUGCCUACUCUGGGAAGCUUCCCCUCUUUCCAGAAAGAGGAAUUUUUAAGACUUUGAAAUUGAGCUAACCUGAGAAGACAGGUUAGAAAUACAGAAUUUAAGUAAAUUUCAGUGACGAUAGUCUUGUAGAUAAUUCUUAAAGUUCUGCUCUAGGAGAGAAACCUAAAUGGUUAUAGAAAAUCUCAGCAAAAGCCUUAGACUAAGCCUAGCUCCUUUGAAAAGGAGCUAAAAAUACUACAAUAUUACUUUGGCAGAGGGACACUGUCCAGACCUAGGUAAUGGUAUAUAAAAUAAAUAAAGUUCAGUACAGGGUUUCAACUUUUAGUUCAGUUUUGAAAGCCAGAGGGUAAGACUAGGCAAACUUUUGGGGUUAAUAUUUGAGCUAUAUAGGAUGCAUGCAUUUUGGUUUGCUGUUUUUUGUCUAUUAAGUUUCUUACUUCCUCACCAAGUCAUCUCUGGAUAAGUUAGGAGACAAUUUUGUAUCAAUAUCACCUUUUAGGUCGAUUGUUUUGAAGUAGCAACCUAUUUUGUAUCUGAAAAAGGAAAGAUCCUUUAUGGGGAGUUGAGUCCUGGUGACUGCAGCCAUGCAGUUUUCUUGGCAGCAUUAUGAAAGUGUUUGCCCUUGCCUUCCGCCUUGGUAUUUUUUCAGCUUCCCACUUUAGCCAACUUACUCUCAUUUAGUUCAGGACAACAGUGAUCUGUUUUAACAUUAUUGCAAUGAAUUCACUUCUCUCCUUCCUCCUUGCUUUCCCCCACUCUCAUUACACACUGCCUCCCAAUGCUGGGCUGAAUUGUUAUUCCCAUCCAGUCCUGUGGGAUGAGCCAGAGUGAGAUCUCUUCUGAAUUCCUGCUUGCUUUUUUGAACUCUUGCAGUUGUGCUUUGGACUGGAUGGGUUUGGCUGUCCAAAGUCAUGGCACAACACAGAGUGGGAUUCACACAUGGGUCCUCCCAUCAGCAGUGAUGCUACAGUUGCUCCUGUAUGGCAGUAGAUCAGUAUUUCUUACCUUUGGCAACUUUAAGUUGCCAAAGUUAAGAAACCCUGCAUUAGAGACUGCCACUGAAGGCGGCUGCCCAACAACAAUGGCUUAAGCUGAGCUCACAAGUAUAAGAUGGCACUAGUAGACGUUCAAGAAAAAAAUACAUUGGGAGGCACAGAAGGAAUAAGCCAAAUGCUAUCCUACAUCUGAGGUUUGAGACAGACACCUAAAUCUGGAAUAGAGAUAUAUCAGGGAGCAAAGUAGUUAUAUGGGGGAUACUUUCUUCACCAUGUCUAUAGAUGUGUUUGCAAUAUAUUGAAUGACAAACUAGCCAACCAUAUUUAAGCCUAUUGUGUGGUGCAAGCUGGCUUAUGUGGAUAAAUUUUGGUUCAGAGUCUCUCACAAAUUCAGAAAAGUGGGUUAAGUUAUUUCAAGUUAAAUAACCUAAAUGUUUAAAUUAACUAUAAACAUGGUAAGUGUAAGUAGCAGGUAGAAUCAGAACGCAUAAAAGAAACUUCCCUUUCAGUGUGGCAGUGUGAGUUCAACCAACACACAAAGCCAAAAGGUGAUUUGCUUGUUUGGAGUUUAGAGCCUUGGGUGAACCCACUGAACUAGUUUGUCCAAUAAACCAUGAUUAAGCAAGCCAAAGUAUGAAAGCAGCCUGAACAUUACUCUCCCCACCUCCUUAUAAAUUCAGUCUCUUCCAUACACACCGCCACAUGCUGCCCACCCAUCAUUACCCUGCUGAAGACCCUCAUUGGACCAGGCUCUACAUUGACAAAGAGAAGAGGAAAAUGUCCUCUUUGGAUUGGCUCUUCCUUCAGUCACAACUCUGCACUGCUUAUCACUUCCAUUAUUCCCUAGGGCUUCUCUGCCCAUUAAUCUGAGACUGCCCUCUGAUGCCCGGGCAGGUAGGCAAGGGCUUCUAAUCCAGAUGAAGCCAUGGGCGGCUCCUUUUCCUGCACCCUCCAAGCUGGAGUGCAAGCACGUCGGAGGGGUUGUCCUGUUUCUGUUCCUAACUGGGCGCUCCCUCUUUACUCAAAGCAGAACGUGGAAAGUUACCUAGAGGGAAACGGCGGAGGGGCGGCUCCUAAGGGGCAAGACUAUAGCACAUUGGCGGGCAAAGAAGUAGGUUGUAGGUCUGACUGACCUCGGUUGACAUGGGAAGGGGAGCACCUGGAAUGAGUCCUCUGGGGGAUGGAAAGUGGGAUAUAUCCUAAGUGGCCGGCUGUGCGUUUCCUUGGAGGGACAAAACUGCUUGGGAAGGCAGCCAUGACAGAGGUAAAAGGGCAAGCUAGGCCAGGCAGAACCGAUAGCAGAUGGAAGAUGCCAUACAGUGCCUGCUGCUUCAGCCAGCUGUUGGCCGAGGCAGCUUGGAUAAAAAGGAAAGAUCAGGAAGUGGUUUCCUGCUGUUUGCCCGCGUACCCACUCUCAAUCUUGAAUGUUCAGAAGUCAAAAGUUUAUCUUGGAGCACAGAUGCCUGAAGCGAGGACCUCAUGAAUAAGCCUUUCUUCUUGCCUCCCCCCCUCCUUUAUGGUUGCCUCUUUCCAGCUGUUUUGGUAAUAAUCCCCCUUAUUUCAUAAUGCAUACAUUUCCUUCCAGGCGACUCCACGGUCAGUUUAUUGACUGCUGAAAUAGCUUGGCAGAUGACCCCCAUAAAUCUCUUCUUCUUUAAGUUCUGGGGCUUUCUUACCUGCCUCCAAAAUAUCCAUGCUGAACUAAUUUAUUCAGCAGAGAAGAGGGUAGGAAAUGUGGAAAAUGUGUGUGACAAAGGUCUGAGACAGAGGCAUAACUCAGGGCAGAAGGCUCUUCAAGAGAUUAGAUUUUUGAUUUGAUUUGAUUUGAUUUGAUUUGAUUUGUAUGUCUGCCCAUCUCACAGAAGUGACUCUGGGUGGCUCACAACAUUUAACAGAUUGGUGCACCAUUGUUUUUUAUAUCCUUAUAUUAAACAGGUGUUGCAGAGCUUUCUCUUGACACUUCCCAGGCAGAGUUUCUACUGAAUUCCCAGUGGCCAAUUUUCCAUUAUUAUUCUUUCUGUGUAUGAGAGUUUUUGGGAACUACCUAGCACUAUUUUAGUCCUUAUCUUAAAAGUUUUUGCAUCAAAAUUUACUCUAAUGAAGCACAUUCUUUAAAGACAAACAAAACAAAAGUGUAAACUAGUUUGUAGAAUAUUUGAGAUAUUUUAUUCAUCAGUAUUUGUAUUUGUGGACCUGGGAUAUUAAAUCCACACAUAACCUCAUUAGAUAUUAAGCAAUACAAUUAUGUUUCAGUCUGGAUAUCACAGUGCAUGUUCAUGGAAAGAGUAUGAGACCCGCUCUAAUUGCUUUACAUCAGGAAGCUUUAAAACAGAUAUACAUCAGAUUUCCAAGGCCUAAAAUGUAUUUUGUUUAUUUAUAUCUAUUUAUAUAAUUUAUGUUCUGUUUUAUUCCAGGCAGUUCACAUAAACAUUAUAAAUAUCAUAAAAAUGUAGUUUAUCUCAACAACAAUACAGUUAAAAUACAGCUAAAGAAUAUAAUUAAAAAAUAGCCCAGGAGAGCAAGGACCACAGAUGUCAAAAUCCCAAUGAAAAAGUGAAGUUUUCACCGCCUUCCUGAAUUCUAAAACCAUGGAAGCUAUCAGGACCUCAAUAAGUAGAAUAUUUCAGAGUUGAUCAGGCUGGCACAGAAAAACUCUGUUUCCUGGUUCCUACCCCACUGACGUCCCAAGAAGAGUAGACCUAAGCCAUUGUUUUCUGGGCUGGUCGCACAGGAGAUAAUCUAAAAUGCAAGAAAGAUUUUGGUGAAGUUUAAAAAAUAGUUCAAUAAUUUAAGAACAAUAUAUUUCACAAUGGCUUAGGAGCUAAGUCAAAACUAAUUUUAACUGGAGUAGAUAUUUCAUUGUUCUUAUGAGAUCAGGGAUGGUUUAGAUAGAAUAUGUAAAUAAUCAUAUGUGUGUAUCUUUGUCUUAGAAUAACUUCUAAGUAGUAUUUAGUUGACCUUGAUUAUAUCUAACAACAUCCUGGAAGAAAACAGGGGCAAAUCUCUACUGUCCAUGUAAUUACUAGAAGAUGACUUUAUAGUACAAAAAAAAACCAGGGCACCUGUUCCUUCCUAAAACAGCACCAUCAGCACUACCACUUAUAACAAUUUAAACAUGGACAGAAAAUAUUAAAAUGGUCCCCAACUUGUGAGAUUGUUAAGUCCCCUAAUGGCUUGAAACGAUUGCCAACUCCUCAUGCUGGCUGGGGAAUUCUGGGAAUUAAGGUCCAUACAUCUUAAAGUUGCUGAGGUUGGGAAACCCUGAUCUAGAAGAAGGGGUUAGCAUUUUUUAAAAAGUGCGUAGCUAUUCUUGAAUCUUGCAGUUUAAAUUUGGAAUUUUUUCUGAUACUCUUGUGUAUUCCUUUCAGAACCAAUGUAUUAUAUAAUCAUUUUGUUUCAUGGAAAGCCUAAUGAAUGGGUUAAAGAUUUACAGGAAUAGACUUCUGCUUCUGAAAUGAACUAGAUUUGUUUUUGAUUUCCAUGAAUAGGAACUUGCUGAGAACUAUAUUUAAAUUCCUUUGGUUUUGGAGGGGAAAGAAUAGAAAUGCAUAAAUAUAUAUUAGAAGUGAAUUACAUAACCUAGAGGGUAAAUGUUGCAUACCUUCUCUGAGUAAAAAUACAACAUUUUGUUUUAAUCUGCAACAGGUGCGUAUUUGUAUACCUUUGUAAACAAAUUUAAAAAGGAAUGUAUUCUUAGCAAUAUCAUUCUCAUGCUUCCGAGUUACAAUGCAUUUGUUUUUCAGACACAUCAGAUGGGCAAUUAUUUGUAACCCUGCUCCUGGAAAGUGAUGAAUCCUUAAAUUAGCAGAAGAUGUAAGCCAGUACUGCAAUGACAAUAAAUAAAACACAAUUGCUGAAAUUAACAGUGGAUAAAAAACUCAUGAAAUGAGAAGACAGAGAUUCCCAUUUUUUGUAUCCUUGGCAAGCAAUGACUCAAGGACAGUGGGAACCCAAAAUACACUUAGUUAGAGACAUCAGCAGGAUCCAUCUCUUUUGUCAAAAUGAUGUUGCAGUGCAGGCUCUCCCCCUUUCAUACAUAUGAGAUGUCACAAUGUAUACACAAACUAGGAAGAGCUUGUUAUUAUGAUGCUGUCUUUGUCAUAUGUGCCUUUUUGCCCCCUUGCAGACAAUGCUGUUGUCAAUGGUUUUCCUCCAAAUUUAGUGCUGUUUUCUUCCAAAUUAUCUAGGAAAAAAAAGCAACCCAUGAAAUAUAUUUGAGGAAUGUAACAUGGUGAAUCAGGUCAGGGUUGGGUAUCUAUAUUGCACUGUUUUAUGCCCUGCAAGGCCCAAGGCCUUGCCCAUUUCCUGCUAGAGAAUGGAGAAUGAAUCUGGACCUUCUGCAUGCAGUAUGUGCAUACUGCAUAGCUCUUUGUCGCAUAUACCAGCCAGUAUUUGGGAAGACCACUUUGCUAUCCUAUGUGAUCAACCGCAGAAUUCCUUGGCAGAUUUGGAGCUGGAUGUGACCUCUCUUCCCCAUUGGCUCCCGGUCUCGUGUCCAAAAAUCAGAAAUAUAAUUAAACAGUUUAAGCCAGAGAAAGCCCCUGGUUCAGAACUCAUUACAUAUGAAUUAAUAAAAAAUAAUUUGGAAUGCUAGCUUCCUGGUGCUAGCUUCACUUUUCACAGCAAUAGAUUGGCUGUGAUACUGGGGCUUGGCUAUUAUAAUACCAAUACAUAAGAAGAGCAAAUGAGAUGAUCCAACUAAUUACCAUCCAAUUAGUUUGUUAAGUCAGAUCUGCAAAAUGUAUGCUAAACAUCUACAGGAUACAUUAAUUGGCUUGAAUCUGAAGACAUUCUGAUAGAUGAACAGGCUGGGUUUAGAGCAGGUCGAAUAACGUUAGACUGCUAUGGUACUGCAACACCUAGUAAGAAAAGUAUACCCACAAAUCUGGAUAAUCCCUUUAUGCAGCAUUUAUUAACUGUAGGUCAGCUUUGACAUAGUAUCUAGAUCUAAACUUUGGCAUAAAUUAAAAAAUACCACAAUAGACAAUCAUCUACUUUUGCUGCUCAUUAAAAUACAUGAGAUUGAAGGUCAGGUCCAGUAACCAAGGACAUGUCACAAAGGAAAUACUGGUAAGGAGGGGAAUUAGGCAUGAAUGUUAUUGGCUCCAGUUUUAUUCAAUUACUAUAUAAACUCAUUAGUUCUUCACUUAAGUAACUCUACUUUUCAUCCUCCCAAAUUAGCCCAUAGACAUACCAAUUUACUACUGUAUGCCGAUGAUGCAGUAAUUCUGUGACUGACUUCCGUUGUCCUUAAAAGAGUCUUGAGAUCACUUAUACACUGAGGAAGAACUAAUAAUAAAUUACUCCAAGACUAAGAUUUUCACUUUCUCCAAAUGCCCGAAACAGAGAAACUGGAACUUAGGAGGGCAGCCCACUGAGCAGGUUAAGAUCUUUAGAUAUUUACAGAUAGUUUUUCAAGCUUCAGGAAGCAGAAAUACCCAUCUGGAUUAUGUAUCUCGUAAUGCACAGAGAUCUGCAUCAGCUGUGCAAAUUUGUUACUUUUCCAGUUUAUUCCUGUUGCAGUUAAGUUGUUUGCAGCUAAAGCUCAAGCACAGCUGCUAUACGGGGCUCAGUUAGGACCAUAUAACAGCAUGGUUACCUUAGAAAGAAUUCAAACAGAAUUUCAAAGAAGCAUCUUCCAGGUUACCCGCUGUGUUCCAAAAUGCAGUAUUUUGGCGACAAGCAGGAGUCAGUAAACUUGAAUCCAAUCUCUGGAUAAAUAUCUUUACCUACUGGCUAAAACCACACCACAAUCCUAGUGGACUGACCCAUCUAAUAUUGAUAGACAACUUCAGAUCUUCUUGGGAAACAGCUAGGCAAAAGAAACUGAGUCUCUAUGGCUUUUCCAGUGAUGCCAUCUUAAAUUUAGGGCCCCUCCAAGCUGGAUCAAUAGUAAGGCAAAGGAUCUUAAAUAUAGAAGGCCAAACAGAAACUGCUUUUUCUCACAAUAUAAUUGUAAAUAACCCAAUUUUAGUGCUUAAAGCUACAUAUUUAUAUUACAUCACAGUUCCUAAAUUCAGGAGAGCCUUAUCUUUAGCUCAAUUUAAUGUUCUCCCCACAGCUGCUUUGGAAGGGAAAUACAGGAAAACCCCAUUUGAAACUUAACACUGCCCCUGUGAUACAGGUGCUAGAGAAACCACAGCCCACGUUCUUUUGUAUUGUCAGUUCUACAGGGACAUUUGCCACCAGUUGAUUAUCCCCUUUUUAUCUAAAUUUCCAGGGCACUCCGAUAAUUUUCAUUUGCAUUAUUUGUUAGACAAUCAGGACAAAUCUUUCUAAAAGUAGCAAAAUGUUGCUAUGUUAUGUGCAAGCUUUGCCCACAAAUAGUUGCCAACAGUUACUGAAGUUAGGGGUUAACUUUGCUUUGUUUGUUAUACUGAAUGUAUUUUUACUGGUCAAGGACCGAAAUAAAGUUUCUGUCUGUCUA